CAACAACUUGACAUCAACCGUAAUCACAAGCGUUGUAGCUGUAUAUAAAUACGAAACCGCGGUGGUAAAAUUAAGUAGGUACAUACAAAUUAAACGAGCGAAGUUCAUUGUGAAUAUUGUGGUUCAUGCUGACAUCGCAGUUAGGUACAUAGUUCAAGUCUCAAAACGGCAUCAAGAUGAAACUAGCUUAUAUAUAUGGAUUGAUAGGUUUCGUGACAUUCGCGCUGCUGAGUUCCGAAGUAAAUUCGGGUAUACCAGGAUUAGACGAAAUAUCAAAUUUUGGAGGCGGAGGAUCCAAAGACUCGUCGUCUCCGCCUGGAGAUGCCAGUGGCUCGCCUCCGCCUGGAGCCGUCGGUGACUCGUCUCCGCCUGGAGAUACCAGUGGCUCGUCUCCGCCUGAAGAUACCAGUGGCUCGUCUCCGCCUGAAGAUACCAGUGGCUCGUCUCCGCCUGAAGAUACCAGUGGCUCGUCUCCGCCUGAAGAUAUCAGUGGCUCGUCUCCGCCUGGGGAUACCAGUGGCUCGUCUCCGCCCGGAGCCGUUGGUGACUCGUCUCCGCCUGGAGAUACCAGUGGCACGUCUCCGCCGGGAGCCAUCGGUGACUCGUCUCCGCCUGCAGAUGCCAGUGGCUCGUCGUCUCCGCCAGCACCCAACAUCUGGCAGCAAUUCUUGGAAUAUAUUGGUCUUUCAUCUGGAAAAUCCAAUGGUGAUACGAGCACAGAAUCCAAAUGACCGUAAUGAACCAAAAGGAGGAAAAAUUCAAAUCAUUUUCAUCUCAAGACGUAUUCUCGCACCAACAUCAUCGGACACGCUGAAGAUUUCUAUACCUUAUUCAUAUUACAAACUGUAUAUUUAGAUACCUAUGUUGUAUUGUUACUUACUAAUCAUAAUACAUAUUACCUAUUCUACAUAUUAUGUAAUUAUACGAUAAUGAAGCAAUGUA